AUGGCGAUGAACGCUGUGAUCAAGAAGGUAGUCGCGUUCAUCAUGGUAGCCACCAGAUUGGGAAAAUCGAAGCUGUCUGUCAGCCUCGCCCCCCGCACUGGAGGCGAGAUAAUCAACUCUAACAAGAUUCAGGUUUAUAGAGGGCUUGACGCUCUUGGCAACAAGAUUCCUAAGGUGGAGAAGCUUGGCGUGCCUCACCAUUUGCUUGGGCAUGUUGGGAACCCCGAUGAAGAAUACACUGCUCGCGAAUUCGGCUUCGAUGCUACGUCGGUGAUCGAGCAAAUCAUCAACUCGGGAAAGGUUCCGAUCGUUAGAGGAGGGUCGAAUUCUUUCAUUGAAACCUUGGUGAAGGACCCUGACUUCAAGUUCAAGUCCAAUUACCUUGGGUGCUUCAUUUGGCUCGAUGUUUCUCCAAAUGUUUUUAACACUUUUGUGUCAAAACAAGUUAACCAAAUGGUUAAUCAAGGUCUUGCUGAGGAGGUACGAGGAAUCUUUGCUCUCGACAAAGACUACACAAAGGGUAUCUGA